UUCAAACUCUCAAAACGCGAGAAACAUUUGAUGUGGACGGACGUUUCGUCGCCGUCGUCGUCGUCGCGUGGAGGUUUCAGUUGCUUGAAUUUGAGAAUUGUUAUUGUUUUUAUGAAGGCGUUUAUGCCGCGGUACUGAGAAGGUGCGUUGAAUACAUAGAAAAAAAUUUAGAGUAUCAUUGAAUAAAACACCGUUCUCCAAUUUCAAAUCAAAUCAAUGUAAAUCGCGCGUGUCUUCGACAUGAAGAAAUAGUGCGAAAAAUCUCUUAAGUGACUUGUUUUUGCAUUUUGCAAUUUGCUUUUGUUUCUUUUUGGCGGCGCCGUCGUCGGCUGCUGUGCACGUAAAACAUAAAAACGAUUCUCAUUAAAAUAAUAACAACAACAAUAUUAACAUAUCCAAAGAGUUGUACGUGUGCGUGUGUAUGUGCGCGCGCGGUUGAGUGUGGUAAUUUUUUCGUCGUUAUUACUUCAUAACAGAGCGCAGCGCUGUGUUGCUGCUCUCGCACGGUCUCUCUGCUACUCUCUUUCGCUCAAUAGCUGUGUGUAUAUCGCUCUCAGCAGCAGCCGGCAGCCUCAACCGAGGAGGGUUGCAGCAGCAGCAGCCGCAGUUGCGACCACAACAAAAACUAAAUAGCAAAGCUUUGGCUAACCCUCAUUCGCUCUCAGUUGUGCUCUGUCUCUGUCCGCCCUCUCACUCAACGGCUGAGCCACCAAAAGUCGGACAUUAGCGGAAUUUUAAUCAAGCUGCAGCAGUGAAGCCCACAGAAUGCAGCUGGUGCAGGUGAAACGAGCCGCAGUUGCAGCGGCGGUCUAAUUGAGGCCAGGACCAGGACCACGCUCAAAUGGCGUCAUUUGUAUGCGAAGCAAACUCAACAGCAACAGCAACAACAACAAUUGCGAGAACCACAAAAGCUGAAAACGAAACAAAUUCAACAAAGGAAAUGCAGCGCAGCGGCUAAAGCCAGCCAAAAACAAACAAAAAAAAAAACAGAAACUAACUAAAACAAGCUAAACCAAAUCAACGUAGGGGAAACAAGAGGCAACAAGGGCAAAAAAAGGGCAACAGAAUGAUGAGCGCAGGCGGCACCUACAUAUCGACGGCCAGCGUGGAGGUGCCACAGGCUCUGCAGGAUGGCGAGAAGUUUAUCAAAUGGGACGACGAUUCAGGCAGUGGGACGCCAGUGACAAUGCGCGUGGAUGGAAAGGGCUUCUUCCUGUAUUGGGUUGAUCAAAACAAUGAACUUGACAUUCUAGACAUUGCCACAAUACGUGAUGUGCGCACAGGACAAUAUGCCAAAAAGCCAAAGGACGCCAAGUUGCGCCAGAUUGUGACGAUGGGACCACAGGACACACUCGAAGAGAAGACCGUCACCAUUUGCCAUGGCUCCGAUUUUGUCAACAUGACAUUUGUCAACUUCUGCUGCACACGACGGGACAUUGCCCAGAUCUGGUCGGAUGGCCUCAUCAAAUUGGCCUAUAGUCUGGCUCAGCUGAACGGCUCGGCGAUUAUGUUCCUGCAGAAGGCGCAUACAAAGCUCUGCCUGCAGGUGGACAAAAGCGGACGCAUCCCAGUCAAAAACAUCAUUAAACUUUUUGCGCAAAAUAAAGAGGAUCGGAAACGUGUCGAGAAGGCGCUGGACGUGACCGGCUUGCCAUCGGGCAAGGUCGAUAGCAUAUCGGUGUCGAAAUUUCAAUUUGAGGACUUUUAUAAUUUGUACAAAUAUCUGACGCAGCGCUCCGAAGUGGAGCGCCUAUUCGAUAGCAUCGUGGGAAAUGCGAAGCGUAAAUGCAUGUCCAUAGCGCAGCUGGUCGAGUUCCUCAACAAAACGCAACGCGAUCCGCGCCUCAAUGAGAUUCUCUACCCGUAUGCGAAUCCUGCGCGCGCCAAGGAGCUCAUACAGCAAUACGAGCCCAACAAGUUCAACGCACAAAAGGGCCAACUUAGUUUGGAUGGCUUUUUAAGGUAUCUUAUGGGCGAUGAUAAUCCCAUAAUGGCGCCCAACAAGCUUGAUCUCUGCGAUGAUAUGGAUCAGCCCAUGUCGCAUUAUUUCAUCAACUCCUCGCACAAUACCUACCUAACGGGUCAUCAGCUGACGGGCAAGUCAUCUGUGGAGAUAUACAGGCAAUGCCUGCUCGCUGGCUGCAGAUGCGUUGAGCUGGACUUUUGGAAUGGACGCACCGAGGAGCCGGUCAUUGUGCAUGGCUAUACGUUUGUGCCCGAAAUCUAUGCCAAGGACGUGCUGGAGGCCAUCGCGGAGAGCGCAUUUAAAACAUCCGAAUACCCUGUGAUAUUGAGCUUCGAGAAUCACUGCAAUCCCAGGCAACAGGCAAAGAUUGCGAACUAUUGCCGUGAGAUCUUCGGCGAUAUGCUGUUGGACAAGCCGCUCGACUCGUAUCCGCUGGAGCCCAAUGUGGAUUUGCCGCCGCCGUCGAUGCUGCGGCGCAAGAUCAUAAUCAAGAACAAGAAGAAGCACCAUCACCAUCAUCAUCAUCAUCAUAAGAAGCCGUCGUCGGCAUUGGCACAGGGCACACCAGCUGCCAGCAAUAAACUAACGACGGCCAACUCAGUUGAUGCGGCUGCCAAGGCGGCAGCAGCAGCUGCCAAUGCACAACAAGUGGCUGCCGCGGCGCAGGACGAGGCUGGCGCUGGAGCAGGACGGACAUUGACAGGCGCCGCAAAUGGUGACAUUGUCAGCGGCGCUGGCGGAGGACAUGCGCCGCCAUUGCAACAAAUACGCCAGAGCUCGAAGGAUAGCACCGGCUCCUCGGACUCGGACAGCUCUAGCGACGAUGAAUCCCUGCCCAAUACAACGCCCAGUCUGCCCAGCGGCAAUGAGCCGCCGCCGGAUAAGGCACAAAAGGAGACGGAGGCAGGCGCCGAGAUCUCAGCGCUGGUCAACUACGUGCAGCCCAUACACUUCAGCUCCUUUGAGAAUGCAGAGAAGAAGAAUCGCUGCUAUGAGAUGUCCUCGUUCGAUGAGAAGCAGGCGACAACAUUGCUUAAGGAGCGGCCCAUUGAGUUUGUCAACUACAACAAGCACCAGUUGUCCCGCGUCUAUCCGGCGGGCACACGCUUCGAUAGCUCCAACUUUAUGCCGCAGCUAUUCUGGAACGCUGGCUGCCAGCUGGUGGCGCUGAACUUUCAGACGCUGGACCUGGCCAUGCAGCUGAAUCUGGGCAUCUUCGAGUACAACGCACGCUCCGGCUAUUUGCUAAAGCCGGAGUUCAUGCGGCGUUCCGACCGCCGGCUCGAUCCCUUCGCUGAGAGCACAGUCGAUGGCAUUAUUGCUGGCACCGUUUCCAUCACUGUGCUCUCGGGACAGUUUCUGACGGACAAGCGCGUCAACACCUUUGUCGAGGUGGACAUGUACGGUCUGCCGGCGGACACGGUGCGCAAGAAGUUCCGCACCAAGACGGUGCGCGACAAUGGCAUGAAUCCCUUCUACGACGAGGAUCCGUUCGUGUUCAAGAAGGUGGUGCUGCCGGAGCUGGCCAGCAUACGCCUGGCUGCUUACGAGGAGGGCGGCAAGCUAAUUGGCCACCGAGUGUUGCCCGUGAUUGGGCUCUGUCCGGGCUAUCGUCAUGUUAAUCUGCGCUCCGAGGUGGGUCAGCCCAUUGCGCUGGCCUCGCUAUUCCUGUGCGUCGUUGUCAAGGACUACGUGCCCGAUGAUCUAUCCAAUUUCGCCGAGGCUCUGGCAAAUCCCAUCAAAUACCAGAGCGAGCUAGAGAAGCGCGACAUACAGCUCUCAGUGCUGACUGAUGAGACGGAUGCAGUGGCCAAUGCCGAUGAGGAUUUGUCCAAGUCAUUCGUUUUCGUCCAAGUAGGUGGCCAAAAGAAGGAGCUGCGUCCGGUCGAGUCGCUAGCCACCUCGCCCAAGCAUCGGGCAAGCAUUUCCAUAAUAACCGCCAGCAGCAUGGAGCAGCCGACGGAUCGGCCCGAUGGAGGACGCAACGAUGACAGCGUCUCGAUUGUGACGUCGGGCAUACAGCAUCAGCACUCGUUGGACCAGUCGGUGAGCACAUCCAUCAGGCAGGUAGAGUCCUCACAGUUUGAUGUGGAUCUGGUGAUAGCCGAGCCGCUAGAGAAAAUACUCGAGCACAAGUCGGUGCGCGAGAAGCGGCUGGAGAUGGAGAAGAAGCUGGAGUCGCUGCGCAAGAAGCACGACAAGGAGAAGCUGAAGAUCGCUGGCCAGAAGCUGAGCCCGCUCGACGGGGGCAAGAAGCCCAAGUUUACCAUAACCAACAAGCUGGUGAAGCGUCUCAGCAACAAGAGCCUUAAUUGUCUUUCUCCGUACAGUGAGCCGGGCGUUGAGGUGCCGCCCUGCCCGCUCGAUCUGGGCGACAGCAGCGAGGAGAGCGCCGGCGCCGGUGAGCUGGGCGACGAGGCCGCCUCCAGCAGCCUGGAAGGCACACAGGAGUCGCGCCUGCGCUACGCCUGCCGCGAGUACACCACACAGUAUCGAGAGCUGCAGGAGAAGUACCAUGAGGCCAUCUACUCGGCCGCUGAGAAGGUGCUAAAGAACUCGCAAGCCAGUCAAACCAAACAGCUGAAGGCGUCGCUCGACAAGGUCACCGGCGAGGUGAUGCAUCAGCUGCAGGAGGCGCGACGCAAUGAGGUCAAGAAUCUGGCUACGGUGCACAGAGAUCGCGACGAACUGGUCAGAAUGAAACGUGAGGUGGCCAGCUCUGUGGUGGAACGCGGUGUGGCGGAGCGCGUGCGUCUCAAGCAAACAUUCGACAAGCGCACAGAUGAGCUGCAGAAGCAGCACGAUGCUGUGCGCAAUGCUCUAGCCGAGCAUCGCUUGAAGGCACGUCAAAUACUCGACAAGGACGCUGAAUCUCGCAGCUGUGUCUCGAACAAUGGCUUCCUGGUGCUCUUCCAUGGACCGCAUCAUCAUGGCUGCACGUCAGGCGGAUCGUCGGCAUCGGCAGCUGUUAGCAGCCUCUCAGCUCCGAGCUCUGGCAAUAAUCUCACCUUGAACUUGGAUGGCAGAGGAGCUGUGGGCAGUGCUGCUGCUGGCCUGGCCAUAUCGCCAGCCAAGUCGCACAACAGCAUUACGGCGGAGAUGAAGACGUAAGCUGCACGACGGCGAUCUUCAAAAACAUAAUACAAAUAAAACGAUCGAAAAGUUGUUCUUCAGUUUUCAGUAUUCGCGGCAGUUGUGUUAAAGGAAAACAAAAUGAAGUCUUCGUAGCGCUUAGUUUUAUAGAUCUAAAGAAUAACUACUGUAAACUGUAAACUGUAAACUCUAAACUGUAACUGUAACUGUUAACUGUAACUGAAAGGAAACUCGUUUUCUAACUGAACAAACUAGCUGUAGAACUCUCCUGGCAUGUAUUUCUAUAUAUACCACAGAUAUGUAUGUGUAUGUAGUAUAACUGUAAUAGUCGGUGUAUUUAUUAUGUAUGUGAAUGACUUAUAUGUUUACCUAUAUCUCUAUAUAUAUAUACAUAUAUAGACACUUACAAUAAUUCUCUAUAAUUCUAUCUCUAGACCGAAAUCGUACGGUUUCUUCCUAUUCGAACUACGCUGAAACUCUGAGUGUCUAAAACAUUAAGCAUAUGAACUAUAUAUAAUUUAUUUAACUAAAAGUGAAAAGCAAAAAGCAACAAAAAAGAGGAAAACUCACUUGAGGCAGAGAAAGAGAAAGAGAGAGGAUCACUCUCGCCAUGUGCUCCAUUUCUACUAUU